AUGGAGUUAGCUGUUCUUGAAUACCAGUUUGAUCUCAUAGCUUUGACGAUUCGUCAAAUAGAAAAUAACAGAAGGAAAAGGAGAGAAAGAAAAAGAAAAAGAAAAAGACGUGAGGUAUGGAUGAGAUCAUGGAUCGGAAGGCGAAGGCAGUUUGGCAUUUACGACCAACUUCUGGUGGAACUCCGAAGCGAGGAUACGCGAUGUUUCAAAAACUUUAUGCGGAUGGUCCCCGAGAUGUUUGAUGAGCUUUUGGCAAGAGUGAGUCCCAGGAUCACCAAGAAACAUACCUGGUAUAGAAGACCCUUGAAGCUUGGGCUGAAUCUCUCUUUGAUUUUGCGACAUCUUGCCUCCGGGAGCACGUAUUCAGCCAUGAAGUACGGAUGGAGGGUCCCCCACAACACCCAGUCACUUAUUGUCAGAGAGGUUUGCCAAGCCAUCAUCUACGAAUACAUGUCCAAAGUAAUGACCACGCCAGAGGGAUGGCGUGCCAUAUCUGAUAAGUUCCUCAAGAGGUGGAACUUCCCCCAUACAUGUGGUGCUAUAGAUGGAAAGCACAUUGCCUGCAAGUGUCCACCAAAAAGUGGAUCCCAAUAUUUCAACUACAAGGGAUUCUACUCUGUUGUACUCAUCGGCCUUGUAGACGCAAAUAAUAAAUUCAUCUGGGCAGACCUCGGUGGUAAAGGGUCAUCAUCGGACGCACAGAUCUACAACAACUCUGAAAUCAAAGAAUUAACAGAAGACGGAACUAUAGGAUUCCCCGUCCCCGAUGCUUUUGAGAGUUUAUGA